GUCCGUUCUUUCAAGCCGCAUUUACGCGGUUCACGCUCUUAUGGUAAGAACAGCAACCGUUGGGUCUGCGCAUGUUGACCUCGAACAGCCGACAAGCGAUUGCAUUGGCUCCCUUUCUUCAAGAACAAGCCAACCCGCGCAUCAUCUCCUCAGGAUGCGAUAGAGAACAAACUAAAUCAACUCUGCAAGUUCCACGGUUCUACAUCCAUACAGAACCGGAAGUUGGAACACACAUUGCAUUCCUACCUUCCACAACCCGCUCUUAGAAUGGCGCCGGCAUUUGAUUACCCGGCCACAGACGAGAGCUCUCGGGCAAGCUCACAAAGUCCAGCUCCAGGCCCGGUGCAAGAUGAAAUGGCAGACCUCGACGCCACAUAUCAGGAUGGCACCAUCCGUGCGGGUGAAGAGGUCGACUACUUCGCCGCCCAACUCGACCGCUACAACACCGACCUAGACGGGUCGCCAGCCGAGAAGCGCGCCCAGGUCUUUAAGCUCGUCGACUCUUACUACACCUACACACGCAAGAGGGUCGAUCGGUUACGUGAGCGCCAAUCCCGGGAGCGAUCUGCGCGAGGACGAGUGAACUGGCAAAGGGAGGGUUCAGGUGACAUGGAUAUCGAUGAAGUUGACGAAGGGAACGAUCCAGUCGCUUCUCCGGAACAGCUGCGCCGUCUAGAAGAGGAAGCGCAGACAUGGGACCUUCUACGACGGAUUCUACCUUUGCGGUACCGUGAUGCAAGCGUCUCGCAGCAGAAAAUGACCGACGGCGCCUCGACUAGGACGCGCCGGCAAUGGUGGAACGAAUUUAUGGUCUCGGAUUCGGUCGCGCGCGAGAGGAAGAUUGUACUCGAAUGGCUCCAGAGCAGUGCGAGUUACGGGCCGCCCAUUGAUGAGGUCGUGAGCGAACUACAGCAGAGCGCCGAGAGAGGCGACAUAGUUGCGCACGGCUGGCUUCAUACGCGCCACAAGAUCAAACUACAAAAGAGCGUUAACGGCUACCAAGGCGUGCUAGAUCCGAACGACGCCACGGCUGCCCAGUCGCACCUGGGCUCCAAAACGCUCAUCACUCAACUGGACCCGGAUGCUGUCACACGUCAGGCGCGGAAAUUGGAGCGCCAGGACGAAUUCUUUGAGCACGCCAUCUGGCUGGGUUGCUUUGAGAUGCUUCGCCGCGGCUGCUCCAUGUCCGAGAUCAGGGAAUGGUGCUCCGAGAGAAUGGAGCUCUGGAGGGCCGCUUCGAUCGCCCCCUUACCGCUCUCCAACCCCGAGGACGAAGAGCAGCACGAUUUCGAUCCGGGUUCCCUUGUUUUAUGGAGGCGGAUGUGUUUCGCGGCUGCCCGAGAAGGCGGGACAGGAGACCAUGAUAGGGCUGUCUACGGGCUACUUGCGGGUGAUAUCGCGAGUGUGGAGAAAGUGUGCAAGUCGUGGGACGAUUUCCUGUUCGCGCAUUACAAUGCCCUGCUCAGGACGCAGUUCGACCUCUACCUGGCCAAACAUGGCGGCGACAGCGCAGCAAAUGCCGCCGAGCAUUUUCCUUCUUUCAAUGCCGUCCUGCACCACAGCGAUCCCAUGACGGUCAGUAAGCGCCUCAUUGCGUCCCUAGAGACAGAUCCGAGGACAAGCAGGGAGGCGAUACGGACCGCAAAGGCGCUACAAGGCGCUAUUGUCGCGAACGAAGUAGACCGGCACCUUUUCUAUCAAGGUGUGACGCUAUCCAGGCAUGCGAACCAGAAGCAAAAGUCCAAGUUGAUCCCUGAAGUACCACUACCUUCGCUUGAACACUUCAAGCAGGAAAAGUACUUCGAUCUGUCGGAACAUGACGGCCUCCGUAUACUGGCCCACGUUCUCAUCAUCAUCUCCACCCUUGACCGCCUCACCGGGUUCACGAAGGAUAGAGGGCCCCUUCAGGUACGGCAUCAGGCGCAAGAGAACAUCAUCGCCGCCUACAUAAGCUACCUCCGCCUCGCCAACCUCGAGGAACUGAUCCCGCUGUACUGCUCCAAAUUGCACGGUACCCGGUUGUACGAGACGCUGAGCAGAAACUUGAUCCAUAUUGUCGACGUCGACGCGCGGGCACACCAAUUGGCCAUAAUGAGGCAGCUGGGGCUCGAUCUGGCUGAGUUUGCCAAGUCACAGCCGUUGAUGUAUCUGGAAGACGUCCGUGACAAGUCGCUGCGGUGCGAGGCCACGGGGCAGUUCAAGAUCCUCGAAAGCGGUCCGCCAACCCUCAAAUACGGCCGGAUCGUGAAACCCGAUUUCUUUGGCGAGGAUGCUGAGUUUGUUGAUCAAGAAGACGAGUUGAUAAUCCGCGCCAUGGAAUGGCUCAUGCACGUUCCGGGCUUGUUGGUGGAGACAUGCACAUAUGCAAUCCGGGUGUACAAGUAUCUCCUGAAACGGAUGCGGUUGCGCGCUGCCCGCGCCUUCAGCGAUCGGGUGCCUGGGAGGGAGAUUGUUAGGACCAAAUCGCCCACCCCAGUCAGGGAGGCGAGCGAGGAUUCCGGUCCCGACUGGUUUGAGGAGUUCUCCAACGGCGAGUUUACGGCCGAGUUUCUCGAGGCAUGCCAGCUAGGCAAGGAUCAGCUCGUCACUCUCGUGCGGAACGUGUGGGAGCUCGAGUGCCUUGUCCGCGCUCUGGAUUCCAUGGAAACCCUGUCCUCGUUGGCCGGGCUCAGCAGGGAGGAAAGCAGCACCUCGCGCGAGAUGUGGCAGCACACAAGCCAGGAGGUUCGCUCAGCCAAGGCGUGUAUGCAGCCGGUCCUGAAGAAUUGGCUGUUGGUGUCCAACGAAGUGGACAAGGAUUUCCAACAACUUCGCGAGGCCUAUAUCCCGGAGACGGUGCUGGCUUACAUUAGCUGCCUACACUUUGCAGGCACAUCCCUUUCGCGCGACAACCUCCUGGAGUGCAUGGAGCUUGCAGCAGUGAUUGCUGAGAAGGGGUCGGAUGUGGCCCAAGAAUUCAUGCGGUGCGGCAGGAUGAAGGAGCUUGUCGAGGCCUUUGCGUCGUGCAGCAAGGCGCUGGCAAUCUGGACCAGCGACAAGAAAGCGUCGCAGGCAAACUCCAAGAAGAUCAGAGAGAUGGGAUGGUCACGAGAGUUGUGGUCUGUCAGACCAUGAACAACCACAAGCGCUAGAGGCAUACAAUAUGGACAGAGUGAAAGCUAUGACUGCUUCGGACUGGCGGACUGGGAAAGAGAUUAUUGGGUUGUGUGGUCUGGCUACAGCAUUGCCAGGCGUGAGCACACCGUGGAUAUAUGCACCCCGGAAGCCCCCCUUGGGUACGCCUAAGGCGCGAUCAACAAUUCUGUAGCGAUACUUGGGUACUAUGCCCCGUUGCGCAUUUACGUGCCAGCGGCUCGCUGCGUGCGGUGGAUAUUGGGUUGUCCAUGCGCCCUGGGAUGCAUGAUCGUCAUGUUUGUUAUCAUAGGGUGCCUGCGAGUCUGGGCUGGGUUUAGGAGCAUUGCCUGAAAUCUGAAUGUUGUUGGGGGUAGAUGGCGAUGCUUUUCAUUGGAAGAUCAGGAGAGGACUGGAUCUGAUAAUGGCCUUACGUGUGUGCUACACUAGACUAGAUAUCGUCA